AUGGGGAAGAAGCAACAUCAGAAGGACAAGAUUUAUGUGACGUGCACGGAAUGGAGUACUCUCUACGGGGGUAGACGCGCCUCCACAGAGGAUAGAAGACGCUUUAAGCGUCUGCCAUUCCACUGCUGCAGUAUCACCUUUCAACCCUUCAAAAACCCCUAUUGCACCAGGGAGGGGAUCAUUUUCGACCUUGAAAACAUUCUACCUUUUGUUCGGAAACACGGAAUCAAUCCUGUCACAGGAAAGAAAAUGAAAGCUGGAGAACUGAUUAAACUUACGUUUCACCGGAAUUCCGAUGGGAAGUUUCAUUGUCCUGUAACCUUCAAGGUUUUCAAUGAGAACACACACAUUGUGGCAAUCAAGGUCACGGGCAACGUCUACUGUUAUGAGGCCGUCGAACGUCUAAAUGUGAAAGCAAACAAUUACUUUGAUUUGUUGAGCUCGGAUCCGUUUACCAAGGAAGAUAUAAUUACGCUCCAGGAUCCGCAAAACCUGGACAAAUUCAACAUCUCUGCCUUCUACCAUGUUCAACAUAAGGAAGAAGAAAAAAAUGAUGGGAAUGUCGUGGUCAUACGUCAGCUAAAUCAAGAAACCAAGGAGACACUUGCUGAACUUCCGAAAGAUCUCAAAGUUCCAGACUACAUGUGGUCAAACAAGCCGAAAUCCGAUGGUGAUCAAAAGAAACGGGAUGUUUUCAAUACGGCCACGUACUCUACAGGUAAAGCGGCUGCUUCGUUGACUUCGACAGUUAUGGAACCAGUGACCAAAGUUGAACCUGCUGUUUUGGAGGACGAUGUUGUGCGCUACAAAUACGUGACCAAAAAAGGCUACGUCAGUCUGGUGACCACGCAUGGUCGACUUAAUUUGGAGUUGCAUUGUGAUCUGGUGCCCAAAACGUGCGAGAACUUCAUCCGACACUGUGCAUCCGGCUAUUACAACGAAACUAUUUUCCAUAGAUUGAUUCGCUACUUCAUUAUCCAGGGAGGUGAUCCUAGUGGGACUGGUUUCGGUGGGGAAUCGAUUUGGAACAAACCGUUUGCUGAUGAGUUUCUACCCAAUCUGGGUCACGAUGCACGUGGCAUCUUGUCAAUGGCAAAUUCGGGGCCUAAUACUAAUCAAUCACAAUUCUUCAUCACCUUUAGGAAAUGCAAACAUCUGGAUAAAAAGCACACGGUUUUUGGAAAAGUUGUCGGUGGCAUGGAGACUCUUAACAAAGUCGAAAUGUUAGAAACAGACAAAGAUGAUCGGCCUUUGGAAGAAAUUCAAAUUUUGAACUGCGAAGUUUUCGUGGACCCUUUCAAGGAUGUCGAAGAAAUGCUGGCCAAAGAGAGGGCUCGAGGGAUCGAAUCGGAAAAACAGGAACCCAGCCCAUCUGAAAAGUUGUCCCGACCCAAACCAGGAAACCGACGAGAGGAAGAAGCUCUCGAAGCAGAGGAUCGUGCUCGUCGGCACAACCUACCUGAUACGUCCAAAGUUUUUCACGAAGGUAUCGGAAAAUUUAUCAAUAUAUCCGCUCUCGAGGAGGAGACGAAGCAGUCGCUCAAAAGAGAGUCUUCAGUGAACUCGCCCGCCCCAAUCACUUUCAUCAAGCCAGUGAAAGCAAAUGUUGGAGUAAAUAACGCCAAUCUACCCGAUGCGUUCUUCAUUGAGCUUGACUGCUAUUCAACUAUCCAGGCAGAAAAGUCUGUGUUGGAGCGUCUAAUCAACUAUCGCUAUCCACAGGCUCGAAUAAAACGAACAUUCACCAAGUCAUUCCUGUUUAGCCAUUCGUACUUCGGCGAAGUUUUAUUCAGUGACAGUCGUGAAUUUCUGUGUUCUAUCGCUCAAAAAGAUGCCCAUCUUACCCCACUGACUAUCUUACAGUUAUGUAUGGAUUUAUCAGAAUGGGAAGUGGUAAAUUCGCUAGUGGAUAAAUUUCUCUUGGACUUCCACACUUAUCCCCUAACUUACGAGAAUGGGCUUGGACUGACGUGCAAAUUUCAGUGUGUUGUGCUGGGGAAACCGAAGCCUUUGUUCUACUGGUGUUUUCAUAGCCGUCGGAAGGCUAAUAAACAUGUACAUAUUGAGUCAAGAGGAAUACUGCACCAUGCUUGGUUACAUCUGACCGCAUGCAAUGAUGAAGAUGAUGGGGAAUAUUACUGCUGCGUCCUCAAUAGUCAGGCUCUGGGAACCUACUACCGGACAACAUCAAGCUAUUUGAAAGUAGAGGACCCAAAUUUUCUGUCACCUGAUCCCAUUUUCUGUUGUCAACCACCGGAAGUUGCUUCACACUGUUUGGGGCUAAGGGCCUCUAGCAAACUAGCUCUCCUGAUUGGAAACGCAAAGUUCGAUGAGUUUCCAAAUCUCAAUGACAACACGAGCAUUCUCCACCAGUUGGCCCGUGGUCUUGCAAAAUAUCAUUACCAGGUUCUGGUUCUUCAAGACCUGAGUGCCGAUGAAAUACUUCGAGCUGUGGCACUCUACGAGAAUUUUCUCAACAGUGGGGCUUAUGGUUUCUUUUAUAUUGGGUCCCAUGGAAUUCGAAUCAACGGACAGGAUUAUGCUGUAGCUACCAAUGCAAAGAUUUCUACUCUGAAGAACUUCGCCAACAGUCCAUCUGCCAGUAUGGACGGAUUUAUCAGUAUUGACGCAAUCAGUUGCCGUUUUCAAGCUCGAAAUCCCAGUCUGAACGUGAUGGUUAUCGACACAUGUCGGGCGGGGAUAGACAACGAGUACGGCGCUUCCAGGAGUCCCAUCGCAGAAUUUGUCCAAGUUGUCCAGUCCAACCUGUUCCGGCUUUACGCAUGUCAAGCAAACCAAGUGGCCUACGAGGCAAAAGUUCUGCCUCCGCCAAAAACCCAUCCCGCAUGCGAUUGGCCAGAACGUCGGACUGCUUGCCGGUCUAGCAUAAAGGCGAGUUCUGAUUGGCCGAAAGUCCGUACCCAACAGCCAAUCAUGGUCCAGUAUCCACCGGAUGCUAGUUACCAACGCUGCAUUCAGAAGUCGUCAGAAUUUUCAGAAUGCUGUUGGCGCACACACCUUAUAAUGAGGCAUUGUGUGUUUUUGACCUGGCUCUGGAUGUUAAUACACGUAUCCGUAUUAUCAAAAGUGCUGAAAGAUUGCAUCAAUCUGCAUGCAACACAAACAGUUACAAACUUUCUAUCCACGGUGCAUCGGCAGUUUGUGGAGACGUUGAAGAAGUACAGAGAAAUCCUAGACGCUGAGAAGCUUACAGCAACAGCAUCAAGUGAUGCUUUGGGCUUUUUGAGCCAGGAACUGGAUCUCCAACUUCCGCAAGAACCUCGUGAGAUACACAUUACAACUCUCGCGGGGAACUCAACUACACCACAUGGUUACGGUGAUACUUUCGCAGAAUAUGACAGCGCAAUGCAUCGCAGUUUAUCCGAUCCCACUUUGCCUCCAGUCCCAUGUAGAUAUUCUUUAUCAAAAUCUAAUCUGUGGGAUUUUUGUUUAUGGAGGAACGUUUCAACAACAAUGAACAGUCUGUCGACAAGUUUAAAUAUGCGGAUGGAAGAAAACACAAUCACUCCGAACAGAGAGGAGCCAGGUAUGGCAGCACGCAAAUGGGUGACCCUACGUACUUCGGUUCACAAUCGUCUGGAUGUGGCAAUCAGGACAGAUCCACUGAGUCUUACACCCAGAGCCUAUUUCGACCUGAACGAACUUAGACGGUGUUGGGAGUCGUGUGAUGUGCAAGCGGAUCCAGUUCGAGGAAAUCAACAUCCUCUCCUGGUCGAUCAUCAUUCAACGGUCACCAUUACAAAAAUCCAACGUCUACAGGUUCGCCACAAGGGCAACGAUCGACUGGUACUCCAACUGCACAAACCUUGUCAACAAUCGUUACAAAUGCCCACAAUGUCAACCAGAUCAUGCCACUGCAGUGUUAUUCCCAUCACCAUCGACUGUCCACCAAUUGUCAACCUUUGGUCAAUUGAUAUAGGUAGUGAAAGCUGAGCCAUUGUUUCAUACUUGUGAGAGAACAAUACCAUUAUGGCCCUCUUGGAAUUGAAAAAAAGUAUCACGCCCAAUAAACCUGUGUCAUGAGCACCAUAUCCGUUAUUUCAAAAUC